AACUCUCCCCGGAGGUUGAGUUCUGCUGCAGCAGCUUCACUAAAGAGCGGUGUGUGAGCCAUCACCCAGCCCUGAGAGGAGAGAGGAGGCUCGGCCACACACACGCACAUCCCCCCGCUAGUGAGCAGUGGCCAGCGGGCCGGAGACUCCAACAUGGCUGCUCUGUCCGCGUCUCUGUGCGCCUGGUUCUGGGACGAGCGCUUCUGGCUGCCGCACAACGUGACCUGGGCGGACCUGGCGGACCCCGCUCCCGGGGUGGAGUAUCCCAAAGCCGGACACUUGUUGGCCGCCUUGCCGCUGGCUCUGGUGAUCUUCGCCGUCAGGAUCAUCUUCGAAAGAUUUAUUGCCAGUGCCUGUGCCCGAAAUCUCCACAUCCAGGCAGGUGUUGGAAGAAGAGCUCAUCCCAAUAGAGUGCUGGAGAAAGUGUUUACCUCAAUCACAAAGAACCCAGACUCUCGACAUCUGGAUGGCUUGUCCAAACAGCUGGACUGGGAGGUUCGGAAAGUCCAGCGUUGGUUCAGACACCGCAGGAAUCAAGAUAAACCCAGCACACACACAAAGUUCCGUGAGAGCAUGUGGAGAUUUUCAUUUUAUGUGGGUAUAUUUACCUAUGGAUUUCAGUUUCUGUGGCAGUCCCCUUGGAUGUGGGAUACACGGCAUUGUUGGUACGGUUACCCUUAUCAGGCCAUGACUCCAGGUCUUUAUUACUACUAUGUGACUGAGCUGGCCUUCUACUGGUCUCUUAUGUUCUCCCAGUUCACCGACAUAAAGAGGAAGGAUUUCCUGAUCAUGUUCAUCCAUCACCUGGCAACGGUGGGCCUUAUCAGCUUUUCUUACGUCAACAACAUGGCGCGAGUGGGAAGCCUUGUGCUAUGUGUCCACGAUGCCUCAGAUUUCCUGCUAGAGGCAGCUAAGCUGGCAAACUACGCCAAAUACCAGCGCUUGUGUGACUUCCUCUUCAUUGUGUUCAGUGUGGCGUUCUUUACCACACGACUUGUUAUAUUUCCAAUAUGGAUCCUGAACUCCACUAUGUUUGAGAGCUGGGACAUAGUUGGACCGUUUCCAUCGUGGUGGGUCUUCAACGGUUUGCUGCUCGUCCUCCAAGUCCUGCACGUCAUCUGGUCCUACCUCAUAUCCCGUAUAGCUAUCAAAGCCAUGCUGCGAGGCAAGGUAUGCAAUGAUGUCCGCAGUGACAUAGAGAGCAGCUCAGAAGAAGAGUCUGAAGCAGCUACAGAUGGACUCAAGACUUCCCCUCUUACCCUGAAGGGAGAAAACGGCACCAACGGUCACUGUGCUGCCGUCAAAGCCCGAACACUGAACCACAGCAGCUGAUGACGCACACAUGGAGUCAGGAUUCCCUGGAGUUUCCCCCCCCCGGAGACACUGUGACGCGCAAGGCUCACUCCCUACACUUACUACACUGACGAGCAGAUUUAUAUGUUUGUGAACUAAAGACGGACACUGACGCUGUUGGCUGUGGAGAGUCGUGACAUGUAAAAGCUGAAAUGACGUGGAACUCAUUUACAGCAUGUGAUUUUCAAUUGCCUUACUUUCAAAUGUUGGGAUUUAUCUUGAGCUGCAGACGUUGAGCGGUUUCAAUGUUCUCUCCCAGUUUUAUUGGUCAGAUGAACUUGAUUUUGUUAUUUUUUUGUUGUUGUUGUGAAGGGUUGACUCACACUUGACUGCACAGAGCAAAAAUGUCAUAGCAGGUAUUAAACAUAUUUAUGAUAAAAUAAUUGAGCUUUAUCAGCUACUAAAAGCAGGAACACCUGCUCUAUGACUAAAAAACAAGUUAACAGGCCUUUGCAAUUUAUUGUGAAUUGACCCUUUAACAACAUUGUCUGGCACAACGUUGUGACUUGUUUUACUGUUUUUACUACUUUUGAGACCAAAUGUUUGUGAAUUGUUUUGUCACUUUUUACAGAGGAAUCCAGGUAUGAGGACCAUUGAAAAUGUUUGUUGUGGUAUCCCUUGAGUGCCUUGGUUAAAAAAUAAAAAAGUAUUUUCAAA